CGACCAGGCGGCCCUCGCCACGCCAUCGUCCAAGAGCUCGUCGGUCUCAGGAAAGCGUAUACCUCACUUGCGGUGAACUCCAGCGUCGGUCUAGUGCUGGCUUCACAGCGCAGCGAUGAUCUGACCUGGCUGCUCGCUUACUGCAAGGAAGCAGGAUCUACGCCGUUCAUCUACACCACCGAAAAGACCCCCGAACCAGGACUCCUUGUCUCUCCAACCCGUCGAGGUCGCGAGUCGCCCGCCUACCUAUCCUACAUUAUCGAUUUCUACGACAACCUGCCGGAUUACUCGCUCUUCAUACACGCAUACCCGGAACAGUGGCAUAAUGAUUUGUUUGGGCCUUGGACGCAGAAUACCCUGAGAAAUAUUCGAUACGAGUCUGUGGAUGCCCUGGGAUAUGUCAAUCUUCGAUGUCAGCUCAACCCAGGCUGCCCUGCCAGCGUGUAUCCACUUAGCCCAACCCAGUCCGAUAUCGAUGCCCAUGAUAUCCGAGCAUAUUUUGCCGAUGCAUACCAAGAGAUUUUCGAUGUGCCUAUUGAAAAGGUACCUGGCGAAAUAGGCAAUGUGUGCUGUGGACAGUUUGCCGUCAGCCGAGAACGAAUUUUGGCUCGACCGAAAGAGGACUACCAGCGCAUCUUGAACUGGGCUGCAAUGACAGAGUUGACGAAUGACUACGGCGUGGGCUGGGUCCUUGAAAAAGUGUGGCACAUUAUCUUUGGCAUGAGUACUGUUUACUGCCCACGCUUUGAGCAAUGUCGAUGCGAUACAUAUGGAUGGUGCGGACCGCUGCCAUCAGGUGAAAUCCUACAUCCCGUCAAGAAGGACGAGUCCUGA